AUGGAAAGCCCUCCCUCUAAAACCACUCUGUGUGGGGAACAUGAGAGCCAGACCAAAGCUCAGAGGAACCCACCUGAACCUGAACCCAGCUGUGUGUCCUUAAAGAGGCACUGGUCUAAAGAUUUUGACAUUAAUUUUAAAGGACAGCAGGCGUCUGCUGCAGAGAGAGUGGACCAGCAGAGCUCAGGGGGUCCCAGUGGUCAGUCUGCCCAGCAGCAUCAAACACAGCUGGACUCCAUAUUUAUGCUGCUGGAGGACAACAUCAUCACUUUUGUGAAGGACGAGCUGAAGAAGAUCAAGAAGAUCCUGAGUCCAGAUUACCCAGAAUGCUUAGAGAGGGAGGAUGAAGAGCAGAGGAGGAACAGCAGAGAGGCUGUCAUGAAGAUCACACUGGACUUCCUGAGGAGAAUGAAGCAGGAGGAGCUGGCUGAGUUACUGCAGAGCAAAGUUCUAGCUGCAGUUUGUCAACAUAAACUCAAGUCUAACCUGAAGAAGAAGUUCCAGUGUGUGUUUGAGGGCAUCGCUAAAGCAGGAAACCCAACCCUCCUGAAUCAGAUCUACACAGAGCUCUACAUCACAGAGGGAGGGGCUGCAGAGGUCAAUGAGGAACAUGAGGUCAGACAGAUUGAAACAGCAUCCAGGAAACCAGACAGACCAGAAACAACAAUCAGACAAGAAGACAUCUUUGAAGGAUCACCUGGAAGAGAUGAACCAAUCAGAACAGUGCUGACAAAGGGAGUGGCUGGCAUUGGGAAAACAGUCCUAACACAGAAAUACACCCUCGACUGGGCUGAAGACAAAGCCAACCAGGACAUCCAGUUCAUGUUUCCAUUGACUUUCAGAGAGCUGAAUGUGCUGAAAGAGGAAAAGUUCAGCUUGGUGGAACUUGUUCAUCACUUCUUCACUGAAACCAAAGAAGCAGGAAUCUGCAGCUUUGAACACUUCCAGGUUGUGUUCAUCUUUGAUGGUCUGGAUGAGUGUCGACUUCCUCUGGACUUCCACAAAACUACAAUCCUGACUGACCCUAGAAAGUCCACCUCAGUGGAUGUGCUGCUGACAAACCUCAUCAGGGGGAACCUGCUUCCCUCUGCUCACCUCUGGAUAACCACACGACCUGCAGCAGCCAAUCAGAUUGCUUCACAGUCCAUUGGCAGGGUGACAGAGGUCAGAGGGUUCACUGACCCCCAGAAGGAGGAGUACUUCAGGAAGAGAUUCAGAGAUGAGAAGCAGGCCAGCAGGAUCAUCUCCCACAUGAAGAGAUCACGAAGCCUCCACAUCAUGUGCCACAUCCCAGUCUUCUGCUGGAUCACUGCUACAGUUCUGGAGGAUGUGCUGAAGACCAGAGAAGGAGGAGAGCUGCCCAAGACCCUGACUGAGAUGUACAUCCACUUCCUGGUGGUUCAGGCCAAAGUGAAGAAGGUCAAGUAUGAUGGAGGAGCUGAGACAGAUCCACACUGGAGUCCAGAGAGCAGGAAGAUGAUUGAGUCUCUGGGAAAACUGGCUUUGGAUCAGCUGCAGAAAGGAAACCUGAUCUUCUAUGAAUCAGACCUGACAGAGUGUGGCAUCGAUAUCAGAGCAGCCUCAGUGUACUCAGGAGUGUUCACACAGAUCUUUAAAGAGGAGAGAGGGCUGUACCAGGACAAGGUGUUCUGCUUCAUCCAUCUGAGUGUUCAGGAGUUUCUGGCUGCUCUUCAUGUCCAUCUGACCUUCAUCAACUCUGGACUCAAUCUGCUGGAAGAACAACAAACAACCUCCAAGAAGUCUGAAACAGGAGAAUCUGCAGAGAAAUCCUUCUACCAGAGUGCUGUGAACAAGGCCUUACAGAGUCCAAAUGGACACCUGGACUUGUUCCUCCGCUUCCUCCUGGGUCUUUCACUGCAGACCAAUCAGAGUCUCCUACGAGGGCUGCUGACACAGACAGGAAGUAUCUGGUUGACCAAUUAUACCACUGUCCAAUAUAUCAAGGAGAAGAUCAGUGAGAAUCUGUCUGCAGAGAAAAGCAUCAAUCUGUUCCACUGUCUGAAUGAACUGAAAGAUCGUUCUCUAGUGGAGGAGAUCCAACAGUCCCUGAGUUCAGGAAGUCUCUCCACAGAUAAACUGUCUCCUGCUCAGUGGUCAGCUCUGGUCUUCAUCUUACUGUCAUCAGAAGAAGAUCUGGAUGUGUUUGACCUGAAGAAAUACUCUACUUCAGAGGAGGCUCUGCUGAGGCUGCUGCCAGUGGUCAAAGCCUGCAACAAAGCUCUACUGAGCCACUGUAACCUUUCAGAGAGAAGCUGUGAAGCUCUGUCCUCAGUUCUCAGCUCCUGGUCCUCUUGUCUGAGAGAGCUGGACCUGAGUAACAACGACCUGCAGGAUUCAGGAAUGGAGCUUCUGACUGAUGGACUAAAGAGUCCAUACUGUAAACUGAACACUCUCAGACUGAGUUACUGUAACCUAUCAGAGAGAAGCUGUGAAGCUCUGGCUUCAGUUAUCAGUUCCCAAUCUUCUAGUCUAAGAGAGCUGGACCUGAGUAACAAUGACCUGCAAGUUUCCAGAGUGCAGCUUCUGUCUGCUGGACUGAGUCGACAAUGUACACUAGAAAGUCUCAGUCUGUCAGGCUGUCUGAUCACAGAGGAAGGCUGUACUUCUCUGGCCUCAGCUCUGAGCUCCAACCCCUCCCAUCUGAGAGAGCUGGACCUGAGCUACAAUCAUCCAGGAGACUCAGGAAUGAAGCUGCUGUCGGCCGCACUGAAGGAUCCACGCUGGAGACUGGACACUCUCAGGGCGGAGCCUGCUGGAGUGCGAUGGCUGAUCCCAGGUCUGAGGAAGUAUUCCUGUCAACUCACAAUCGACACAAACACAGUGAACACAAAACUCAAACUGUCUGACAACAACAGGAAGGUGACAUGUGUGUGGGAGGCGGUUCAGUCAUAUCCUGAUCAUCCAGACAGAUUUGAUCUUCCUCAGCUGCUGUGCAGAGAUGGUCUGACUGCUCGCUGUUACUGGGAGGUCGAGUGGAGAGGACUGGUUUCUAUAUCAGUGAGUUACAGAAGAAUCAGGAGGAAAGGAUACAGUGAUGACUGUGUGUUUGGAUACAAUGAUCAGUCCUGGAGUCUGCACUGCUCUGAUGAUGGUCCUCAGUCUGUCUGUCACAAUAAGAGACAAACAUCCAUCUCCUCCUCCUCCUCCUCCUCCUCCUCCUCUGGCUCUAACAGAGUAGCAGUGUAUGUGGACUGUCCUGCUGGCACUCUGUCCUUCUACAGAGUCUCCUCUGACACUCUGAUCCACCUCCACACCUUCAACACCACAUUCACUGAACCUCUUUAUCCUGGGUUUGUUUUAGGGUUCAGACCUGUCUCAGAGUUUAGAAGAGCAGUUGGUUCUGGUUCCUCAGUGUCUCUGUGCUGAGCUGAGUGUAAAGAGCGUCCUCCUGUUAGAGAAACACUCUGACUGUUGAACAGAUAGUUCAGUCUGUACAUGUCUGUCUCUUUCACUCACAAACACGUUU